AUGCUUUGAAGUCUCGUUGGUAAUACUAUAAUACGUAGCGAAGACUUUGAACAGACACGAAAACAACAGGACUUUGCAAAUAACAUAACUUUCUACAUAAGACAGUGUCAUUUUAAAAAUGGUUUUGUUUGCCACGGCGCUUUUUUUGGUCUCAACAAUUACAGCAGUGAAUUCUCAAAUGGAAAAUGUGGAAAUACAAGACCAUUCCCAACAAACGCAAGACGGCGAGCAUCUUGUUGAUCAUUUGACAGAGUUUGUUGAUUUGGGAGGACAAGGUCUUCGACAUAUUCAAGAGCAUCUAAGCGACAAAAAGGAAUUUCCGAAAGACGGACAGUUUGCCGAAGAUAUUCAAGCUAUAGAAAAUGGCGAUGAUACAAAAGGGAUCUUCUAUUUCUUUGAACUUCACGAUUUUGACAAAAAUAACAAGUUAGAUGGCUUAGAACUGCUCGUAGCUCUAACAGACCACCACGAGAAGACGAAGGAAGAAAAUGGGAAGGAGUUACUAGAGGUGGAAGUGGAGUCGCUUAUUGACAAUUUACUGGAGGAACACGACUUGAACAACGAUGGAUAUUUGGAUUUUGUUGAGCUUAUGAACACUGGCCCCGAUUCGCUUUGGAAUAAGCUGGGCAAACCUUAAAAAGAGUGACUCAAAUUUGUUCACACACUCAGAUUUCGUCGGAUCCAAUUCACUUCUGACGUAUGGAAUGUAGUCGGUUGUUCGUAAAGCAGAACGGAUUGACUUUAGUUGAUUUGCCGUCCAUAUGCAUUGCAAGACAACAGACUAUAAAACAUCCGCCAGAAGUAAAUUGGGUUCAUCGAUUGAUCUGACAAAACUGGAUUGUAUCACCGUCAGACAUCGUAAAAAUAUCGAUACGAAACAGUGAUACGAAAUUGUACCACUGAUCUGAUAAUACACUGGAUGACUGUAUAACUGAACGAAAAUAUACUGGAUUAAUGUAGGACUGAUCUGAUAAUAUACUGGAUAACUGUACCAUUGAUCCGAUAAUAUACUGGAUGAAUGUACCACUGAUCUGAUAAUAUACUGGAUAUAUUUUCUAUAAAACGAAGCCAGAAUUGCUGACAAAUUUCAAGAGCCGGAAUUAAAAAGAAUGAAAUUUUCAUGUGAAACGAUCUUCGAGUUUUUAUAUAUAAUACGCGUAAGGCCCGUAUUUUGAAAUAUAUUUUAAUAUUUAUUCAACUUCACUCUCUGACCAUUGCCAUAAUUCUUAUAAAUACGAA